CGCUACAAGCUGAACUACAUCUCCUGUGGACAUACUGGUUCGUGGGUUUGCAGCGGCAACUGUGGGACUGAGACUCAGAGCCUCCCGGUCACCAACAUUGAUCAGAGUGAUGAUUGGUGUCAAAGAGAAGGAAUCAACACUUACCUGGUUCCCAACAGCUCUCCACUUCAACUUGUAUUUGCUGGUAGUGCCUGGGCAGGCAACCUAAAUGGUGUUGGAAAUUGGAGAGCGGUGACUGACGUUGAUCUGAGGAAACGUUCUGACAGCAGCAAACCCAACACAUCACCACAGACCACCAUCCUCCCAGUUAUCAGACUUCCUUCAAACUGUCAGAGAAACAUAAACUUGUUGACCUUUGACCCUGAUGGAGACAGAGUUAGAUGCAGGUUUGGAAAUGAUGCGUUGUUGGAGUGUAACCCCUGCACACCACCGUCUGUCCUCAGCCUCUCAUCAUAGAGAAGGCGUAUACGCAGUCCAGGUGGUGAUGGAGGACUUUCCCAGUCAGACCAUCACCCUGACUCACUCCAACGGUUCACAGGAGGUGAAAACUCCCAGCAGUGCUAUCAGCAAGAUACCCAUCCAGUUUGGCUUCAAUGUGGUUCCUGCAGUGCCGUCCUGCACUCUCGGUCUCUAUGUUCCCGCUUUCCUGCCUCCAACUCCACAACACAGAACUCAGAUCAACGCCACUGUUAAUCAAACGGUGGAAAUCCCCAUCAUCACUGAGGCUACUGAGUCAACAUUAAUGUCGAUACAAUUCAGCGGGCCGUACAACGUGAAGAAGAUAACUUCAGGACCAGGACAGUACACUCUGAGAUGGACACCAUCAGACCUUGAAGGUGGACAAAGCCACCCAAUCUGUUUUGUUGUUCAAGCAAAUUACACCAGUGUUGUGUUACACUCUGAGUUUCGAUGUGUUGUUGUGACAGUUCCGAUAGUCCCACCAACACUUCAUUUUCUUUAUUUUCUGAAAAUGAAGAUCUCUACCACCAUGUCACUGGAGAACAACAAGGACGUCAUUGAAAAACUGAUCAAAGAUGAGCUGAUUAAACGAGGCCUGCCAUCACACAUAGGUGUUCACCUUCGGAGCAACGCUUCAGUGAAACAGGUGAGCUGGUGUUUCUCAUCACUCUGCUCCAGGUCUUUGUGUGGAGACACUGACCCGUUCAACAUGUUGCUGUCUGUGCUGCUGCUGCUGCUGAUGAUGCUGGUCAGCGGGACACAAGCUGGUUUUCUUGGCCAAAUCUUCUCAUGCAUUGUUCGGGAGACGCAAGGAGGUGGAAAUGAGGAUAUUUCUCAAGAGAAGUUGAGUUACAGCUCCUGCCAAGAGUCUAGUUUUCUCAGCUGCCACCCUGCCAGCAGUUGUUACUUUAUUGAAGAAAACAUUGGAGAAUGGUGUCAAUCAGAAAGGAUCAACAACUUGUCCAACAGUUUAACUUUAACUAAUACCACGCUUAGUACAUCCAACUGGGUGGACAACAUAAAUAACAUCACAGUCGGGACAGAAGUGUUCUACUGUGAACAGAGAAACCGGUCUGACAUCGGUAAAGCCAACACAGCCCCGCAGACCACCAUCAUCCCAGUUGUGAGAGUUCCUUCAAACUGUCAGAAAAAUAUUAACCUGUUGGCUUUCGACUCUAAUGGAGACGAGAUUAAAUGUAGAUAUGCAAGUAGUUUCCUGUCAGAGUGUGACACCUGCACACCACCGUCUGUCCUCAACCUCUCCUCAUCUUGUUCUCUGUCGUUCAGCCCGACUAUCACCAGUGCUGAAGGUUCAUAUGUGGUCCAGAUGAUAAUGGAGGACUUUCCCAGACAGACCAUCAUCCUGACUGAUGCUUUUGGUGUUCCAACAACUAAAACAACCAGUGAUUUCAUAAGCAAGACACCCAUCCAAUUCCUCCUGAAAGUUGUUCCUGCCGUACCCUCAUGCACCAACGGCGUCAUUCUGCCCACAUUUCUGCCUCCGACCCCAGACCACCAAACUCAGAUCUUUGGCACAGUAAAUCAGACGCUGCAAAUCCCCAUCAGAGCUGAGGCGACUCGGUCUGUGAUCACAGGGCUCCUGUUCAGUGGACCCCAUACCAUGGUCAAGAGCCCAGCAGGACCAGGGAACUACAAUCUGACGUGGACGCCGUCCGACACUGAUUAUGGAUGGAGUCAACCCAUCUGUGUUAUCGUCCAGGCCAAUUUCUCCGGAUCGGUGUAUCACUCUGAUCUUCGAUGUCUUCUUGUGACAGUUAACAUUGUUCACAGGCAUAACUGCUGUACCUCAAACCACUGCAGCUGCACAAACUACAAUCCCACUAAAUUUAACUUCAUCUGCACCAACUACAAGGACAACCCAACCCAAUGUAACUACAGCUCCCACACCUACAGCCACAACAACUACAGCCCCCCUAGCUAACACAACAACUACAGCCCCCCCAACUAACACAACUACAGCCCCCCCAACUACAAUAACUACUGUCUCCCCAAAUACCACAACUACAGUCCCUCCAACUAC